ACCAUAACUUUCCCAUUUUAUGCACUCUCUCCUUGUCAAAUCUCAACUCCCUUUUUGUUUUGUUUGCUUUCUGUUCGUGCUCAAUAUUCAGUUUCAAAACCCAAAACGACCCACCUCCGUCAAUAACUGAAUAAAGAGCUUAAUCAUCUGCAAUACGAUGUAUCCGAAGGUAAAGGUGAGAGAGGGGGAUGAUCGCCGUACUGCUCUGCAUGAUCAUGAGUGGGCUUGUGUGCUCUCCUUGAAAGAUAUCCAGUCUCUCUCCCUGCACGAAUCUUGUUCUCCAGUGAGGCAGCGUCUAAAGGUUUCUUCACCAUUAGUUGCAAAAAUUUCAAAGCCUCAUGUACCAGAUGAUGUCAUGCCAAUAGUUUCCAUAUCCCGAGCAAAAGAAGAAAAGAGCGACGACGGGAAAGUUGAGGAUGAGGAGAGAUCAAACAUUAGAGUCAGUCAAAUUCCACGUCCACGUGCGGUCUUGUCUAGUCCUGAUAAUGAUGCAGUGAUUGGACAUAGAAACAGAGUCAAAGCAGAACGAGAUCCUGUUUCAAAGUCUCGUCAUUUGGCUUCAAAUAGACAUGGUGUAUGUAAGGUUAUAUCAAGCAACGCCAACAACGAGAGCCCUGUUAAUGCAAAAAAGGAAAACAAUGCUGCUGGUGAUAAGAGUGAAGUUAAAGGAAAGAAAGGGUCAGCAACAUCAGUUGCAAGUCAGAGAAGGAAUGUCAGACUGGAUAAACGAAGCCCUCUGUCAGCAUAUAAACCAGACAUGGUGUUUUAGAUGUUUAAUAUUGGCCUGCCUUAGCUUCUUUUUUUCCCCCUCUCAUUUGUAGGUGAGAGGACAUUUUAUACGAAUGUAACGAAUCUAAUGUAGAUCACACGAUAGAAUACCCAUUAAAUAGAUGGUGUGUUCUUCAAUCACGCAAAAGAGGAGAUAUUGACAGUAUUAUCUGAUUUUCGUAUUGGUAAGCCCAGAAACGACUGCGGCUGUAGUUUCUUUAGUAUCUAAAUGAUUGAUUUGUGCCACUUUUUUUGGUUUUA